UAUUUAAUCUUUGGUUGCCAUGGGAGAGAUGUAAAUAUGGAGUCUGGUGUAUCACGUUGAAGCCGAACUAAAAUCAACGAUUUUAGAUUGUAACAUCGAUCAAAGCCAUUUAAAUCAUGGCUGAAUCAGUGAAAGUCGCCGUCCGCGUUCGACCUUUUAAUACAAGGGAGAAGGACAGAAAUGCGAAAUGUUGUAUCGACAUGCCAAAUAAAACGAUGACUCGUAUCAAAGAUCCGGACAAUCCCGAUCAACCGCCGAAAGAGUUUACGUUCGACUUUUCCUACUGGUCACAUGAUGGUUACGAAGUAAAUAGUGAAGGUCUUUGCGUUCCCACUGAUGCUAAAUAUGCAGACCAAAGAACUGUAUUUGAUGAUCUGGGUCAGGGCGUGCUGAACAAUGCAUUUAAAGGGUUCAAUUGUUCGUUGUUUGCUUAUGGACAGACGGGAGCUGGAAAAUCUUAUUCCAUGGUUGGCUAUGGCCCCAACAAAGGUAUUGUACCAAUCACUUGUGACGAACUUUUCAAAAGUAUUACAGAAAACCAGGACAAAGCAAACACACGUUAUGAAGUAACCUUCAGUAUGUUGGAAAUCUAUAAUGAACAAGUGCGUGAUUUACUAACGAAGGAUAAUCCUAAAGGUGGUUUGCAAGUUCGUCAGAAUCCCAAAUUGGGAUCGUUUUUCGUACAAGGUUUAAAGAAAGUGGCGGUUGGAAGCUACAAAGAAAUCGAGAAACGAACAGAAGAAGGAACGUCAAAUAGGACGGUAGCCGCAACGCAGAUGAAUGCCACUAGCUCACGGGCUCAUACUGUUGUGACAGUGACUUUUGAUCAGAUCAGCAAAAAUGACUCGGGACAGGAGACGAAGAAAAGCAGUACCAUCAACUUGGUUGAUUUGGCAGGUAGCGAAAGAGCGGAUAGUACGGGAGCCACAGGUGAUCGUUUGAAAGAAGGCGCAAAUAUCAACAAAAGUUUAUCAGCUUUGGGCAAUGUUAUUUCUGCCUUGGCUGAUCUUUCCAUGGGAAAAAAGAAAAUCAUGGUACCUUAUAGAGACUCUGUUCUCACUAAAUUACUUCAGAAUGCUCUAGGUGGGAACAGUAAGACGAUUAUGAUCGCAGCGUUAUCGCCUGCAGAUAUAAACUAUGAUGAAACACUUAGUACACUGAGAUAUGCUGAUCGUGCAAAAAAAAUCAAAAAUAAAGCGGUCGUCAAUGAGAAUCCGAUGGACAAGUUGAUCCGGGAACUUAGAGAGGAAAACGAAAAGUUAAAAAAGUUCCUUGACGGAGGUGGAGCAACCAUACAAGAUGUGAGUGGUCGGGGUGCUGCAAUGAGUGCUGAAGAGAAGGAAAAGAUGCGAAAAGAGAUGGAAGCUGAGAUUCGCGCCCAGCUCGCAGCCAAUCAGGAAGCAAUGCAGAGUUGGGAUGAAAAGCUGGAAAAAUCACGUAGUGAAGAGGUUAAUGACUCGUCCCAGUCCAAAAUUGCCGAUAUUCCUCAUUUGGUGAACUUGAACGAAGAUCCCAUGUUGUCUGGAGUGGUUAGACAUUUUCUCGAAGGAGACGAGAUUACUGUUGGUCGUAAGGAUGCUGAUCCAGCACCAAUUAUAACUCUCAGUGGACUAAGCAUUCAAAAGCAACACGCCAUUAUCACGGUGAAAAAUGGCGAGAUUACUGUAAAACCAGCAGCACAGGGAGCAAAAACUAAAGUAAACGGAAUGCCGUUACCUGGAGAACGGGUGUUGAAACACCUCGACAGAGUUUUAUUUGGUUCAAACCACCUUUAUUAUCUUGUCAAUCCAAAGAAUACGGAAAAGAGUGAAGGAUCCCCGGAUGAAGUGGACUGGAACUACGCGCAAAAGGAGAUGGCAGAGGCAACUGGUUUUCAAACUGGUUUUGGAACCGGCUUGUCUAAAGAACAACAACUCGCCCAAGAACAAGUGUUGGAAUUACUUCCUCUGGUCGGCGAAGCAAACGCAGUCAGUGAAGAACUGGACAAACACAAGAACUUCGAGCUCGUUCUAAUCUCUGGUGCUGCUCAAGGAAAUCUAACUGGAAGCACAAAAGUUAUGGUCAAAAUGACCGAUCUUCUGAAUGGCAACUCGUGGCUCUGGGAUCGUGGAAAGUUCAUGAAUAGACGUUAUUUAAUGCAGGAUCUUUACCAACGUUACCUGGAUGGAGACUCGACCGUCGCCAACAUUCCUCAAGAGGAAGAUCCAUUUUGGGAGCCACUGGAAGACGUUUUGGUUGGUACGGCUAAUGUCUUCUUGCAAAGUCUUGCUUACGCUCUGGAUUUUGACGAUAAACUCAGCGUUACAGAUUACAAGGGAGGGGAACAAGCUUCAAUGUAUGUGAAUGUUACGCCAUGUAAUCAAAAUGGAAAGUCUCUUGAUGAAGAUUAUUUUGUUGAUGACAGCAAGGAGUUAUUGGGAAAACCAUAUCAUUAUAAAGUCACGAUUCGCACGGCCGAGGUUCGCAACUCGCGGUUCUCGAAAGGUCUCUACGUCAAGUACAAAACUUUCGAUCAAACGGAAGAGUUCACGAAAUCUCCGGUCGUCAAAGAUUCUCUAUCCCCGGAGUUUAAUCACUCUACGAUAUUCUCGUUUCCCGCCAUACGAGAUGAGCAUCUGGAAUGGUUCGAGAAUGGUUGCAUUACGCUCAUGUUGUACGCAAUACAGAAGGAGUCACUCGCUGAUUCAAGACUCUCAAAGAUGACAACAAAGGAAUUACGUCAAAUGGAUCAAUACAAAAGAACCGAUAGGAACCCAUCUUUGAGGAGAAGUGUUUCCAUGAAAGUGGAAACGAAUGAAAUUUCCCAACUGAAAUCGGAAAUCAUUUUGUUGAAACGACAAAAUGAGAGACUUUUAAAGAAAGAGAAACGACUGCAGAGUUUAUGCGAAGAAUGGGCAAAGAAACCAUCGCCCGAACAAGAUUUUGCCGCCUUUCAUCGUCAAGUAUCUGCUGCCGCAUACCAUCAGAGUGGCAGGCUCAAAUAUCGUGUUCAUAUGUUACAAGCGCUACUCAAGGCUCAACCUGCAAUCGAAGCCAACGGCCAGGCGAAACUGGAUGAACCGAAAAAGGGUGGUGCGGGAAGUCGCGCAUGCUCUGUCAUGUAAUUUCGCGUGUGAUGUGUAGGAUUCAAGAGAAAGAUUGAACCGCAACGUGCAAUGUAAUUGAACGUAUGUUUAUAUCUUUCGCAUUUGUAAGUAUUAAAACAAUGAAGUAUGCAUCGCUACUUGGGAUUGUGGAGCAAUUAAAUAUAUAAUUAUUUUACCAUCAUAGAAAUAAAUUAUUCCUUCCCUGAAAGGUCUGCAACUAUAAUGGAACCUUACGAUGUCCUAUUUGGUUUGCUUCAGUUUGCACUUGAUAAAAACAAAUAAGUUUGGCAAUUUUCCCUUUUAUUUUUAAAGUACACAAAGUUAAAAUAUCUAUUUGACUUGCAUAAAUUACCAUAAAGAAUCAAAACUUGUUUUAUGAAUACAUUUGUUAAGACUUGGUUGUGCUUAUAAAUUUAAACGUUUCUUCGAA